UUCUCUGUUUUAUUUUCAUCUUGCAGUACUACUGUGUUUCCUCAGUUAGCAGUGUGUGUUGUGUGUAGAGCGAGAAAAAGAACACAGCAGAGAGAGAGAAAGAGGGAGACCACAAAAAAGCACCCAUUAAAUUAUGUACAUACAUACCCAAGAAAGAGAAAGAGUACAAUGUGAGUAAACAUACAGAGAUAGAGAGAGAGAAAGAGAGAGGCGUGCUUUUAUCCACACUACCUUUUUUCCCCCUUCAACAACAAUCAUCACUUGCACUUCUCAUUUGAGCACCACAAAUUUUUAAGUGAUAAUGUGGGUCUGAUUUAGGGGGUUUUGGGAGUGAAGAAAUAAUAGUUGGAUCUUGAUGAAAAGUAGCGGUAGGAGGAGGAUGGGAAGUGUGUCAUCGGAUGAUGGGGGUGAUGAGCAGAGCGAGAGAUGUGGAAGCUACAGUUUGAGUGCAGAUGUAAGCGAGUCGGAGAGUAGUACUAGCAGUAGUUUCUGGUGUCGGCGAGGGUUUGACGGUGAAGGUGCUUCUACCUCCAUCACUUCCUCUCCUCCUUUACCCUCUUCUGCUAAAUUCUGUUUUCAAACGCCGCUUUUGCUUCCUAAAGAUUUAUUGCUCUGGGACAUCAAGCCUGAGAAACGGGACACUGAUUUAUCUGAAGUGGAAAUGAUGAAAGAGAGAUUUGCUAAGCUACUUCUAGGAGAGGACAUGUCUGGAGGUGGUAAAGGAGUCUGUACUGCUCUUGCAAUCUCCAAUGCCAUCACUAAUCUCUCUGCUACUGUAUUUGGUGAACUAUGGAGGUUAGAGCCAUUAGCUCCACAAAAGAAGUCCAUGUGGCGGAGAGAAAUGGAAUGGUUAUUAUGUGUCAGUGAUUCAAUUGUUGAGCUUGUUCCUUCCGUUCAACAAUUCCCUGGUGGAGGUACUUACGAGAUCAUGGCAGCUCAACCACGCUCCGAUUUAUAUGUCAAUCUACCUGCCUUGAAGAAGCUUGAUGCCAUGUUGAUUAGCAUGCUUGAUGGGUUUUGUGAGACCGAGUUUUGGUAUGUUGAUAGGGGGAUAAUUCUGGCUGAUGGUGCCGAUAAUGAUGUCUAUCCUUCUGGGUUUUCUACUGGGAGGCCUUCCAUUAGGCAGGAAGAGAAAUGGUGGUUGCCUUGCCCUAAACUCCCCUCAAAUGGGUUAUCUGAGGAUGCAAGAAAGAGACUGCAGCAGUGCAGGGACUGUACAAACCAGAUAUUGAAGGCAGCUAUGGCAAUUAACAGUAGUGUGCUUGCUGAGAUGGAGAUACCUACUGCAUACUUGGAAACUUUGCCUAAGUGUGGAAAAGCUUGCCUUGGAGAUAUCAUCUACCGCUACAUAACAGCUGAGCAGUUCUCACCAGAAUGUCUUCUUGAUUGCCUAGACCUCUCAACGGAGCAUCACACACUGGAAAUAGCUAACAGAAUUGAGGCGGCACUGCAUGUCUGGAAGCAGAAAGAUCAGAGAAAGCACACAAGUCACACGAAAGCUAGGCACACAUCAUGGGGAGGCAAGGUCAAAGGCCUUGUUGCUGACACCAAAAGAAAGAAUACUUUUCUGGCCCAACGAGCUGAGACCCUCUUACAGAGCCUAAGGCUCCGUUUCCCUGGCCUUCCUCAGACAGCAUUGGAUAUGCACAAGAUUCAAUACAACAAGGAUGUUGGGCAGUCAAUUCUUGAAAGCUAUUCAAGAGUAAUGGAGAGCUUGGCCUUCAACAUUAUGGCAAGGAUAGAUGAUGUUAUUUAUGUAGAUGAUGCCACAAACCGAUGUGCUGCAGCAGAAUCAAUGUCCCUAUUCAAUAGAAGUGGUCUGGGUGGCCAUCCUAUCCAGAAGCGAAUGUCGCCUAGCCCCUUCUCCAUACAACAGAGCCCCUUUACCUCGCCAUUUGCAACUCCAACUUUCUGUUCUUCGACACCAGUGGCUGGAAGCCCAGGAAGGGCACCAUCCUCCAUAAAGAUGAACAACAUUAAGGAAGCAACUGAUCAGAAGUUUGAGAAACCAUGCCCAGCUGACUUUGAGAAGGUUUGGUCAUACACUGGCAACCUAAGUUCAAGAAGAGUUUCGGGAGAUGCUCCUGAGCGAGAUUAACUGUUGUGGAAUUCACACUCUCAAGUGAAGACUGAGUCCCAUAGAUAUGAUUAGGAGCCUUGUGGCUUUCAGGGUCCAAGAGUUGGUAUCUAACCUCUGUAUAUUCGUUAGCUAUAGAAAGAUCAUGUUCUAAAGUUUUGAUCAUACCUCUUUUGUCCCCAGUCCCAGUUGUAAUAGCUGAAAAAUUAUCCAAGCUGUUAAAAAAGAAAAUUAUUAUGGUAAAAUUGCUAAAAGAUUAUUUAA